AUGGGUGAUCAAGACACCAUGACUGAGGUUCCAGCUGCCUUAAAGCGCCUUGCAAAGUAUAUGGUUCGUGGUUUCUAUGGGUUGGAGUACUCACUGACUCUUGAUGUGCUUAUCAGAUACCCUUGUGUGAAGGAAGAAGACAUUGCUCUGCUACUCAAAUUUGACAAGAAGCAGCUCCGGACCAUUCUCAAUACACUAAAAUCUGAUAAAUUUGUCAAGUGUCGUAUGCGUGUUGAGACACUACCAAAUGGAAAGAGCACCAGACACAAUUACUAUUAUAUAAACUACAAGGUGCUUGUUGAUGUUACAAAGUAUAAACUUGACCAUGUUCGCCGCAAGAUAGAAUCUGAUGAAAGGGAUUCCACUACAAGAGCUUCUUUUAAGUGUCCUGGAUGUCUCAGUACCUAUUCUGACCUGGAGGUGAACCAGCUCUUUGAUCCAUUCUCAGAAUUAUUUCGCUGUACCUACUGCAAUAUGGAAGUUGAGGAAGAUGCAUCUUCUCUGCCAAAAAGAGAUGCCAGGACCUUACUAGCUAAAUUUAAUGAGCAGAUAGAACCUAUUUUUGUGCUUCUAAAGGAAACAGAAGAUAUAAUCCUGCCCUGUGAGCUACUUGAACCCCAACCAACAGAAAUCCCAGAGCUAAUGGCAAGCCAUGAAUCGAGCUCUGGGUCACUAGUAUUUGAUCUGCAAGGAAAUCAUGGAAAAUGGGCCAAUAAGACUGCAGGCAAUAUGUAUGUUCAAAAUGUGACUAUUAAUGUCCGAGACUCUGAUCUUAAGAAAAAAGUUAAGGAUAAGAAGCCUAAGGAGCAACCAAUAUGGAUGAAAGAGAGUACUAUACAAGGAGCCCCUGUAGAAGAAACCAAUAACAUCAAAGUGGAAGAUUCAGUGACUUUAGAUGAAAACUCAAACACUGUGGACAUCAGUGGCGAUAACGAAGUAAUAAGAACACUACUAAUUCAUGAGAUGAAAUCUACAUCAGCGCCAGCUGUUGCUCAGUUUUCCAAAAGUGAUUCUGGAAGUGAUACCAGCGAAUCUGAUGAAGAAAAGAAACGUGCUAAGCCUGUGCAGAGUAAACAAAGUAUUAACGUAGAACAAGAGGAGGAGGCGGAGGCAGUUGAUCCAGUAGUAAUGGUUGGUGGUCAACCUCAUGUUUAUAGUGAGGUCAGUCAGAACCCAGGACUUGUUUCUUUCAUGAGUGAUGAAGAAAGGGAAGUGUAUAUUAAGGUGGGACAAAAAAUGUUCCAAUCUGCUUUUGAAUGA